AACCGGACGUGCGAGUGCCUCAGCGGAAGUGCGGAAUUGAGAUGUUAACUCAGAAACUGUAUAUACACAGUGCCUGAAGACGAUUUCGGAAAUUAUUUAUUUUCAAUAUAUCGGUUUAAGUCGUCCUGCUUUCAGUCUCCGUUGCAGUUUAGUGCUCAACCUUUGUGUUAAAUUCGCGUUUCGUGAUUGGUUUGUGGUGAAAUCUAGAACUCAUCAGAGACUGGAAAGAUCCCAUUUGGAUUCAGACCCCUUCUUGACCACCAAUUAAUCCUCUGCUUCGCUAGGAGGAUGCCUGCACGGGACUCCCAGCAUCGAAUUAAAAUCUAUUCGGCAACUUUAGCUUAAUCAACAAGUUACUUUCGUUUACCCUUCGCUUCAAAGUCGGUCGUCGCUGCCAAAAGCGGAUUUCGAGUGAAAUGCUGGGCUAAAACCAGAAUCAGGCAGGAGCAACAUUUGAGAAGCCACUCUCAAAGGGAAUCGCUGAUUGACAGCAACUACGCGAGUUCAGGUGACGCAAACUGACUGCCAGAGGACGCAGUUUUUCCGGUCUUUUGAUUUCGCUUUUCUGCCCCGCAAUGCGGCAAUAAUUUGCAAAACUUUGAACCACCCUCUUGCUUCGAUUUGUGUUGAAAGUCAAGUUAUAUUCGGUCUUUAUGGAAUGUUAAAAACGUGCGCUAAAUAAUUCAAAUUAAUUGCAAAACGACUCUACAUAAUCGUGACAAGGCAGUUUGAGCUGAAACACCGACAAUGGCAAUGGAAUGGAUAACCGCAAUGGACAAACGUCCUUGCGACCGAAACCUGCGUGACGUGGAGCUUAUCUCGUGCCGCCUGCGCCGCGUGGAGCCGCUGUGUCGCCUUCCGGGCUCCGCGCUCCAACAGUUGGCCAUGUGCGGAUUCUACGAGGACCUGGAGAAGGGCGUCACACUGUUUCGUGCCGGGGAGCAGGGUCGCUUCUGGUAUGCAGUGCUCGGUGGAUCGCUGGAGGUCCGGUAUCACGCCCAUGCCGAUGCCGAUGGCAAGAGCGCCGUCACCUUGUGCAACCUGGGCGUGGGAGCCACCUUCGGGGAGUCCGUACUGCACGACUUGCCACGGGACAGCACCGUGGUGACGAAGACGACCUGCGAGCUGCUGCGCGUGGAGCAGCAGGACUUCCGACUUAUUUGGGAGAAAAACAAGGAGUUGAUGAACGAUAUUUUCACCAAUUGCAAAUUUAAGAACGGUUUUGGUCCUGGCGUACAAACAGCAGCCGCAGCCACAUCGCCCACCAAGCGACCCCUCAGCCCGGACCACCCCAACCCAGCGCUUCCCAUUACCGAGACGCCGAGUCCUGCUAUGAGCCGCAUGGGCUGGGCCCUACGCACCCUACUCGUGGCCGACAACUCCAGCUGUCUGAAGGAUCGCAAGGUAUCCGGCAAGCUAAUACGCAAGUGUGCCCCCGGCACCGAGCUCGUCGACUGGCUGGUCAACCUCUCGCCCAUCGUCCACACCCGCGCCCAGGCGGCGGGCAUGUGGCAGGCGCUCGUCGAGGAGGGAGUUCUCGCACAUGUCAACAAAGAGCAGCCGUUCAAGGACAAGUGCUUUCUCUAUCGGUUUCGCCUGGACGAAGAGGGCGGAACAGCGGCUGCGGGAGUGCCCCAGUCAGACGAUCUGGGAGCGGCCAAUGAGCACAUCCGUGAGGCACUAAGCGCUCUAUUCCAGCGUGGUCCGGAUGCCACUCUGCGGAUGAUACUGCGAAAGCCGUCGCACGAACGAACUUCGGAGGAACUGGAGCUGGUGUUCGAGGAGCUGGUCCACAUAGCCGCCCUCUCCCAUUUAUCGACCAGCAUCAAGCGGGAGUUGUCGUCGAUAUUCGUGUUCGAGGCUCAUGCCCAGGCGGGCACAAUAUUGUUCAAUCAAGGCGACGAAGGACGCUCCUGGUACAUCCUACUCAAGGGAUCUGUGGAUGUUGUGAUACACGGCAAGGGAACCGUCGCCACCCUGAAGACCGGCGAUGACUUUGGCAAGCUGGCCUUGAUAAACGACGCACCCAGAGCUGCAACCAUUGUCCUAAAGGAGAACAAUUGUCACUUGCUGCGCGUGGAUAAGGAACACUUCAACCGCAUACUCCGCGAUGUGGAGGCCAAUACCCUGAGAUUGCAGGAGCACGGCAAGGAUGUUUUAGUGCUUGAGCGCGUGGCCAAACAACGAGGACAGCAUUCCGCAUUCAAAUACACGGUCAUGUCGGGCACUCCGGCCAAGAUGCUGGAGCACCUGCUGGAGACGCGACUGGGCCAGUCGGUGGGUGGAAUGGACCCCUUCCUGGACGACUUUCUGCUCACGCACAUUGUGUUUAUGCCCGUUGUGCAGCUGGUUGAUGAAUUGGCCAAUUACUUCCAUUGCGACGCCCACGAGGACGCCCAGACGCCCGAGGAUCGUGAGUAUAUAAUCAACUUCAAGAAGCGCGUCAUCCAGUUCAUGCAAAAGUGGGUCAUGGCCGUUCGCCACGCGGCCUUCGAGGAGCCCAGCGUGUGCGACUUCAUCGAGGACCUGGCCGCCGAGGUGGAGGCCGAUCCGGACCUCAACGAGGAGACUAGCAUCAUCCACAACGUGCUCACCCAAAUGGCGCGCUACCAGGAGGACCGCAACCAGAACGCCGGCCAGAAGUGGAAGCUGCCACCGAAUGGCCAACCCAUCUGCCUCUUCAGCGGCAAUGCUACGCCAUCGAAGACAGUCAUACGGCCGGACGAUGAUAUCAUUUUCCGGGUCUACUGCGCCGACCACACCUACUGCACCCUCCGUUUCCCGAUGCACACCACGGCGGAGCUAAUCAAGGCCUGCGCCGCCGAUAAGCUGCAGCUGAACCGGGGCCCCGAGGACCUCGUCUUGGUGGAGGUCAAGUCAAACGGAGAACGCUCCGUAUUCAAAGACAACGAUGUAAGCAUCCCAACAGGCCUUUCGCUCAAUGGCCGCCUGUUUGUCUCAGUCAAGGAUCACCUGGACGCGCUGACACAGCUACAGGAGCAGGAGUGCCCCACGGAGGGCGUCGACAUCGACUUGGAAAUUCUGAGCACCAAGGAACUGGCCUACCACAUCACCCUGUUCGAGUGGGACCUCUUCUGGGCCGUUCACGAAUAUGAAUUGCUCUACCACACCUUCGGACGGCACCAUUUUGGCAAGAUCACGGCCAACCUGGAUGUCUUCCUGCGGCGCUUCAACGAGGUUCAGUAUUGGAUUGUCACCGAGCUGGUGUCCACACCCAGCCUGAGCAAGCGAGUCGGUCUAGUCCGGAAGUUCAUCAAGCUGGCGGCCUAUUGCAAAGAGUACCAAAAUCUAAACGCCUUCUUUGCCGUGGUAAUGGGUCUCUCCAAUAUGGCAGUGACCCGGCUGCAGCAGACCUGGGAGAAGAUCCCAUCAAAAUUCAAGAAGAUCUUCCAGGAGUUCGAGGCCCUGAUCGAUCCCAGCCGGAACCAUCGGGCAUACCGGGUAUUCGUGGGCAAGCUGCAGCCGCCUUUGAUUCCCUUUAUGCCGCUGCUCCUCAAGGACAUGACCUUCGCCCACGAGGGCAACAAGACCAGCCUGGAUGGCCUGGUGAACUUCGAGAAGAUGCACAUGAUGGCCCAGACGAUGCGCACCAUCCGCUUCUGCCGCUCCAGGAGUCUGGGUCUGGAACCACCGUCUCCCAAGAGCGAGGGCGAGGUGCGGUCGUACAUCAGUAGCUUCCGCGUCAUCGACAACCAGCGGGUGCUCACCGCCAUGUCCCAGAAGGUGGAGCCCACCAGAAAGCUCUAAGCCACAUGCCCCUGCCCCGAAUGCCCCGUUAUCGGAUUAGCUUGUAGCGUGUAUUAAGUGUCUAACCCUGAGUGUGUGUUAAUCAAACUGCAAUUAGCUGCACAGUUAUGAGCUUAGCCGGGCGGGAUGCCAAUUUGGGCCCCAGCACCCGCAGCCCGGACCAACUUUCAUCCACAUCCACAUACCCAGUCGCAGUCGCAUUAGCAUUGGCUUCGGCGUAUCUAUGGCCCAACUUGGAAACUAUCUCAAUCUUCUAAUGAACUGAACCCCAAAUGCAUUUCAAUGCAAGCGAGAAACUUUUUGCUUUAGUACAAAACGAAAGAUGGCAAACAAUUUGAAAUUCGGUAAUCCCGGCGGGAGCCGAAACGAAUACAAACAAAACUUGGACGCGUGUGAUACUAAACAUUUAGAGGAGGCAACAUCAAAACAAACAGCACUAACUGCAUAAUUUCCUACGAAACUUUACCACAUAAAUCCUACGCAAGCUAGUAAACUAAUUUGUAUAAUUGUAUAACGUAGCCGAGAGCAUGGAAUCUAUUUUUUUAAAGCCCCAACUAAAACCUACUAUUAAACAGUCUAGUUGAAGCUAGUUAUUAACAAGUAAGCUACCUAGCGAAUAAGUUAUUGUACCCUUAGUUUCGCCCCAUCAUUUUCAUUUGGUUGUUCUUUACGCCCCUAUGUAGCGCGACUCGCGAAAAUACAAAACCAUUUAUUAAUAUUUAUUUACGCAA